AUGGGUAACGAUCAACCUUACUAUCCACCUCCUCAGGGCCAACAAGGAUACUACCCACCUCCUCAAGGAGCUCCAGGCCAACAAUAUUACCAACCUCAGCCGCCGCCGAAUGCGGUGUAUGUUCAACAACAAGACCAAAACCGAGGCGGUGACCAUAAUUGCUGCAUGGCUUGUUUGAUCGGUUGUUUGGCAUGCUGUGCACUUGAAUCUCUUUGCGACAUGUGCUGCUGA